GUGGCCGUUGUUGCCUUGACAACAUUGUGGCCAAUAACUGUCACACACAUCAAAUUACAGCUCAUUAAUGUAUUUAAUUAUUCAUUCAUUUCGUAUGUAAUGUUAACUAUAUACUUACAUUUGUUAAUUUAGUGACACAUCAGUUAUAUUAAUUAUUAAUGCAAUGGCCUCACUAAACUCCGCCUACUCGCGGUGAGUUGUGGGUAAUAUCAGCCGUUGUGUGCGUCUACUUCGAAUUUCUACCGGAAGUAGUAGAUCCUCCGGGAGUUUUUGGAAUACUAUUUUAAACAUACAAUAGUUUGGGACAAAAGGACGGAGAGUGUGCGGAUUUGAACACAGCGGCUCGUGUCACAGAGAAAGAUAGGAAGUAAAAAUCUGGGAGGAGUUUGGAGUUUCCAUGGAGACGCGUCAUCACGCUCUAACAAGCAAUGAAAGACCUUUCAGUCUGAUUGAACGCUGAGAACAACAGCAAUUGUCUUCGCUAAGUAAACAGAUGCGGAUGUAAGUUAGGUAAACAGCGUUUUGUGUAGAUUAUUUUGUGCAAACAACCGAUGUGUGGUUUGAAUGCGCUCGUGUGUAAUGUAAAUGUAAUGCCUGUGUAUUUAAGUUAGUCUACAGCAGCACGUGGAGCGCGUCAGACAGGAAUAAACACUUAUAUGGCCACGUUUAGAGACCGACGAUUUAAAGGCUCUUCUCAAACCACAAACAUGGAAGAUAUUUCAGCUAAAAGGGGUUUUCAUGUGCCACCUUUGACUGGUGCCAUAGUGAAAGAGAGCAAAAAGAAGAGGAAAGACUCAAGUAAAGAGAAAAAGAAAUCGAGUGGAGUCGAGCAUUCAGAGAAACUUCAGACGGAACAGUGGACCUAUGGAGAGAUGAGUGAUGCUCAAAGCAAAGGUCACACCAAAGCCAAAGAACGGAAGAGCUGCAAAUCUAAAAAUCCCAAAGUUUUAUCAGAGGUCACCCUAGUUUUAACAGAGGAGGACAAAUCAGACCUGACCUAUCAGGAACAGGAUAGUUUGAGGUGGGAAGGUGUUCUCGAGGAUCCUGUUGCAGAGGCCCAACGGCUGGAGAUGUAUAAAGCCAACCGCCGUAAGCGAUAUUCAGCAUCAAAACAGGCUUUUCUACAAAAAAAUCAGACUGGUUUAUGUAUGGGCUCAAAUUCCUCAAAACGAAUCACCUCAAAUAAGCCAGGAGGAAGCUUGGAGGGUUUUGUCACAUUCCAAACCUAAUGUAAAGAGUGAUUACACAUCAAACAUGAUAUUAAUAACUUCACAGAGGUUAUAUAAUAAUAAAGCCAGAUGCUGGUCAUGUCUUGAACUUUUCAAAAUCAAUUCUCUUUGUCUAAUUUGAAUUGAUUAUAGAUUUCACGCAGGACUACUGUUUGUUUUAGAAGGUAUUUCAAUUUAAUAGAUAUGUUGUUCAUUGUCAUUGUUGUUAUUAAUAUCAAGAACUAUCCAGACUAUUUAAACAUACACAAGGCUACAGAUGUUUGUGAGAAAGACACCCGAAUAAUAUGAGCAAGCAAGUUACAUUUACUUAACCUUCCAGUGCAGAUGAUACACAUGUUGAGCAAUUUAUAAUAAUCCCAUGACUAUAUAAACACAACUCUUGUGUACAUGUAAACAGUUCAGGCCUGUGCUGUAUAUAAAAAAGUGAUGAAUUAAAUGUAAGCACAUAAGAGUUCAAUGGUUUCAUCCUGUUUUAACUUCCUGUAUUUUAUGUGUGAGUAAACUGGAGUUCAUCUAUUAGCAUUUUGCAUGACAUUAAAUCUGCAUAACAACAUUCUUUCUGACAAGCAAAAACAAACAUCAGACUCAUCACAUUAAAUGUGAUAUUGUGCAUUAGUCCAUAUCCUUCUUUAAUGUUUUUCUUUCAAAAUGUCAAAUAUUCCGUAUAUAAGACCCCUCCUGACCAGGGCCAGUUGCAUAAACAUAGCCG